UUUAAAUAUGUUGGGAAUAUUAUUAAUUUAUUAACAAGAACACAGUAACGCAAUCACAGACUCCACAGUCCAAGGAGUUUUGCAUACUCACCAAGCCACAAUCAUUUCUCUCUUCUCUAUCUCUCUGGUUUUGAAUCGGCGACGACUGAGUCAACUCGGUGUUGUUACUGGUUUCGUCGUAUGUGUUGUAACUGAUUAAGUUGAUGGAUCCGAGUGGGAUGAUGAACGAAGGAGGACCGUUUAAUCUAGCGGAGAUCUGGCAGUUUCCGUUGAACGGAGUUUCAACCGCCGGAGAUUCUUCUAGAAGAAGCUUCGUUGGACCGAAUCAGUUCGGUGAUGCUGAUCUAACCACAGCUGCUAACGGUGAUCCAGCGCGUAUGAGUCACGCGUUGUCUCAGGCGGUUAUUGAAGGUAUCUCCGGCGCUUGGAAACGGAGGGAAGAUGAGUCUAAGUCGGCGAAGAUCGUCUCCACCAUUGGCGCUAGUGAAGGUGAGAACAAAAGACAGAAGAUAGAUGAAGUGUGUGAUGGGAAAGCAGAAGCAGAAUCGCUAGGAACAGAGACGGAACAAAAGAAGCAACAGAUGGAACCAACGAAAGAUUAUAUUCAUGUUCGAGCUAGAAGAGGUCAAGCUACUGAUAGUCACAGUUUAGCUGAAAGAGCGAGAAGAGAGAAAAUAAGUGAGCGGAUGAAAAUCUUGCAAGAUCUUGUUCCGGGAUGUAACAAGGUUAUUGGAAAAGCACUUGUUCUAGAUGAGAUAAUUAACUAUAUACAAUCAUUGCAACGUCAAGUUGAGUUCUUAUCGAUGAAGCUUGAAGCAGUCAACUCAAGAAUGAACCCUGGUAUCGAGGUUUUUCCACCCAAAGAGGUGAUGAUUCUCAUGAUCAUCAACUCAAUCUUCUCCAUUUUUUUCACAAAACAAUACAUGUUUCUAUCGAGGUAUUCUCGGGGUAGGAGUCUCGAUGUUUAUGCGGUUCGGUCAUUUAAGCAUUGCAAUAAACGGAGUGACCUCUGUUUUUGCUCCUGCUCCCCAAAAACAGAACUUAAGACAACUAUAUUUUCACAAAACAUGACAUGUUUCUGUCGAUAUUCUCGAGUAGGAGUCGCUAUUAGUUCAUCUAAGCAUUGCAAUGAACCGGUUACGCUCUGUUUUUACUCCUACUGCCUAAGGAAAAUUUAUCAUUUUCUGUUGUGGAACUUAAAAUACAAAAUUCAAAAAUCUGUUUUGUUUUCUUGAUUUGGUUGGCUAAUCUCUGUUAUAUUUGGUGACACUCAGUUUGGUCAGCAAGCGUUUGAGAAUCCGGAGAUACAGUUCGGGUCGCAGUCUACGAGGGAAUACAGUAGAGGAGCAUCACCAGAGUGGUUGCACAUGCAGAUAGGAUCAGGUGGUUUCGAAAGAACGUCUUGAUAAAGAAACAACACUUGGUCAUCAUCUUACUACAAAUAAGAUCUAAAAGCUCUAAUAUCCCGAGAAGAAAAAGCAUACAUACAUAUAAAUCUCAUUCUCAUUAUAGGUUUAAAUAUAUGGAUGUGAAUAUACACAUCAUAUUGUUGUUCUGAAGAAAGCAAAAUAGAAAAGAAGAUAUAGUUAGUUUCGACAUCAAGAAAAAACAAGCUGGGAAGGGUUUAAAGUAGAAGAAACCUCUUGUAAAAGAAAAAACGUUUGUUGUUAUAAAAUUGUAUCUCAUUCUUACAUAUUUGCUUAAGUUCUUGCUGAACA